AGAUUUUUUUGACGUGGACUGGAAGACUAGACAGUCGCUGGGCGAGACUGACGAUCAGUGGCGGAGGUAAAGUUGAUUUCCCGUACACACUGAUAACCGCAGGAGACCCGGCCCUCGCUCGCACCACGAGGCGGGACUUCUAACGCCCGCGGAUUAAUUCACUUCGCUGCCUCGAAAUCUCCGUUCUCCUGUGUCAUUCUAGACUCUAGGAGGAUGCAUAUGCCAGCCCUGUAAUUCUAACUGAAGCACCGACUAGUGAGGAUAGCAGUGUUAGGUUUUCCUCUAGUGUCCGGGCGAAGAGUCAGCAACCGGUGGAUUUUUUGUGGUCAUGUGCGUGUGAAGUUGAUCACAAUCGGCAAGCCCGAAGGUGUGACGUGGGACGCGGAUGCCCCGCCUCCCGCGCUCUCUGAUUGGCUGAGCGGGUGUUGACGGACCAAUCAGUAUUGUUGGCGGGUGUCGGCCGCUGGUGUGGCGGUCAUGACUUGGUGGUCGCCAGUGUAGGUGCGAACGCGCGAUAGGAAGGCCGAGGACCUAUACGUCCCAAGUGUGAGACACCACGCCUCUACCUCCUACACCUCCUGCUUGCCCAUUCAUCCCACAAGGCUGCGAUAUACCCUGGCCCUAUUAAGUGCAAUCUGGAGGUUUUCGUGAGGAUAUAUGUGGUGGAGAAUCGGGAAAUAAAGCACUUGUGUUAUUUUUCUAAAUCAUAGAAAGAUUUAAUCCAGUUUGAUUCGUGAAUAUUGUGUUUUUUUGGUGACGCGAAGCGAAGUAGACGUUGGUGGUGGUGGUGGUGGACUAAUGUGUUGGUGCAGUGUUGGUGUACGGGAUGCAGGGGCGGUGAUGGUGUAGUGUGUGUAUAAGGCCCCUCAAGCACCUGCCCCAUGCGCUUCGACAAUUUGCAGGAGCCCCGCCAGCACGUGAAUUCCCCGCUCAAUUCCCCCCCUCCUCCUCUCACCCCUGUGGGCGUGGGCGGCAGCAUGGCAUACCACCCAUUCCUCCUCCAACGACCCACAGACUUCAGCGUCAACUCGCUCCUGACACAGUCGCCGCCGUACCUUCCGACGCUGGGCCUCCCUGCGGCCGCGGCGGCGGCUGCGGCAGCAGGCUCGCACAACCCAUACAGCCUCCUGCCGAAGUUCCCCGGGCCUAUGGGCCAUCCGUUCACCACGGCCGAGGACGUGCUGGCCCACUCGCACAUGCGACCCAUCCGCUCGCUCGUGCCCGAGGAGGACGGCGUGGUGGACGACCCCAAGGUCACCCUCGAGUGCAAGGAUCUGUGGGAGAAGUUCCACAAGUUGGGCACGGAGAUGGUCAUCACCAAGUCUGGCAGGCAAAUGUUUCCUCAGAUGAAGUUUCGAGUGUCAGGGCUAGACCCCAAAGCCAAGUACAUCCUUCUACUAGACAUCGUAGCGGCAGACGACUGUAGAUAUAAGUUCCAUAACAGACGUAUGUUUCCUGCCUACAAGGUCCGUGUCUCUGGCCUUGACAAAAAAGCAAAAUACAUCUUACUUAUGGACAUCGUGUCAGCUGAUGAUUGCCGCUAUAAAUUUCACAACAGCAGGUGGAUGGUUGCUGGCAAAGCCGACCCCGAGAUGCCAAAGCGCAUGUACAUUCAUCCAGACAGCCCAGCGACGGGUGAACAGUGGAUGCAAAAGGUUGUGUCUUUUCACAAGCUAAAACUCACGAAUAAUAUCUCCGACAAACACGGCUUUGGAGGGGCGGAAGCCAAGGUAAGUCUGCCAGUGGCACCCUUCUUGGCUCAGGGUCAACUCCCAAGGGGCCUUCCCGAAUGAUGUCAGGUCAGCCACACAUGCCCUGAGGU